GCUGGGGUGCUAUGGGAAUAUGGAAAUAUGCAUCUGCCAGGUCUAUUGACAUGAGCCAUUGAUUUGGAAAAACUGCUUUUACAAUGGAUUGAAGAGACUCCAUCUUGAAUUUCCUUAUGUUUAGGAACUUGUUUAGUCGGCUUAGGUCUAAUAUAGGUCUCCAUCCUCCUGUGGAUUUUCUGGUGAGGAAGAUAUGGGAGUAAAACCUGUAUGUUUGCUGAGCUCUUGGAACUUGAACGAUGACUCCAUCGUCUUGAAGGGAUGAGAUAAACUUUUUUAGGGAAUCUCUUUUUUCUGCAUCUCUCGGCCAGAUUGUCUUCUGGAAGGAGCGAGGUGGCGGCCUUGUGGAGAAUUCUAUAAGAUAUCCUCUUUGUAUGAUAUCCAGCACCCAUCUGUCUUGAGUUGAAUUUUUCCACAUAUUCUGGAAAAGUAGUAGACGGGCACCUACUCCUCCAGAAUGGUAAGUGGGUUUGUCAUAAAGGCUUCUUGUGAAAUGAGGAACCUCUAGACUUUCCUCCUCUGUUGGAUGAAUGUCCGCCUCUCCAUGGAAUAGACCUUCCAUAUUCUCUUCCCGGUUUAUAAGAUCUGGUAUCGCGAAAGGAGGGGUACUCAGAGUAUCUUCUGGCUCGAAAGGAUCCACGGGUUUUCCGGUCUUGUGGAAGAAAGGCUUUUUUACCUUCUGCAGCUCUUUUGAUGCACUCGUCUAGGUUUUUACCAAACAACAUCUCACCAUGAAAAGGAAGGGCGCAUAGACUAGACUUUGAUGAUGAAUCUGCGGACCAGGAUCUCAACCAUAAAGCUCUUCUAGCUGAAAUUGAAAGAGCCAUAUUCCUUGCUAAGGCUUUCACCAUGUCUACCGAAGAUUCUGACGUAAAGUCAACGGCCAGUUUAAUAUCAUUUAAUCUUUCCAGAAGAGAAGAUCUGUUUCUCCCAUCUCUGAUAUCCUCUUCCAAGUUUUCGAUCCAGAUUUUCAAGGCCCUGGACACUGAAGUAAGGGCUAUUGCAGGGUGAAAACCAGUCCCUGCUGCAACAUAAGCCUUUGAGAGAUGCAGAUCCAUCUUCUUGUCCAUUGGGUGUCUAAAUGAGCCUGCAUCAUCUACUGGUAAUGUGGUAUGUUUUGCAAGUCGAACUACUGCCGCAUCCACCUUAGGGGCAUUAUCCCAAUGGUAUGAAUCAGAUUUGUCAAAAGGAUAGAGGCGAGAAAUUCUGCCUUGUGCUGAAAGCUUCUUAUCUGUAUUAGACCAUUCGUCUUUAAUUAAUUCCUUAAUAGUAUCAUGCACUGGAAAGGUUGCUCUUUUCUUUCUCAAGUCUGAGAAAUAACGAUAAGAGGUUGACUGUUCUGCAACUGCCUCUCUUAAGCUCAAAGAUUUACGGACUUUGUAAAUGAGGUGGUCUAUCUGAGCAGGUUCUAGAAAAUCUGCAGGGGCCUGAGUUUCUUCUUCGUCUGAAGAUAAGAAAUUCCCCUGGUAUGAUUCCAUAUCCAUGGAUUCAUCUGACGAAUCAUGAUGUUGGUAAUCCGAAGGUUCAUGUAACCGGGGUCUUUUGUGACUUGCCCCUGCUUCUUUGAUAUCUUGAGCCACUGCUUGUUUUAUGAAUUGUACAAAUUCCAUUGAAGGAUUAGAUGUUCCAGCUGCUUCAGAUAAACAUUCUGCACAUAACCGUUUGCCCUCCAGCGGUUUUUUAUUACAGGCUUCGCAUUGAUUUUUCUUUGGAGAUUUUCCUUUGGAUGAUCUCACUGUUUUCUUUCCCGUAGAACUAUCAUGAUAGGGAAAUAUCUCAUAUUAGCACUCUUUUACUUUAUGUAUCCAUGUUAAGAAAAAUUAAUGAUAUGAUAUGGCUUACCUAUAACUCCUAGAGUGUGACCUAUUUUUAUAUCCAGAAGAAUCCGAAUCAGAAGACAUUGAUCUCCUUUUGUCUUUCUCCAUUGUGGAGAUGAUUAUGAAAUAGUCUAGAAAAGUAAUUUAAUUAGUAUAGAAAGAAAAGAAAUGGGAAUUGUGAGAGAAGAAAAAAAAAAAAAAAAUUAUGUGUAUAUACCUUUAAGAAGUAAAACUUACCUUCAAAUAUUUCUUGCAAAGGAAAUGCUAUUCAAAGUAGAAAAUGUAUGAAAACAGGACUUCUAGAGUCCUAAUAAGAACCUCAGGUACACUCUAUAUACGCUUUUGGCGCUUAAAUAGGCGUGUGACGUCAUAUCUGACGUCACCGCCUAUUCGCGCAUGCUCAGAACGAGCGAAUUCACCGCUCGCCAACUGCGCAUGCGCGGCACAAACCCGGAAGCAACCUCCUAGCCGGAGGCACCCUUGCUGCAGCCGGAACCCAAGCGCCGGUUUAGGCGCGCGCAAGGACAUAGCGUGCACGCGAAACUGGCGUGCACGCGAAGCUAAUGUGCCCGUGAACGAGCGGGCACGCGCGAAAACGGCGCACAUGCGCCCCAGGAGUUCCAGGACGCCGGGAAGGCUAGUGUGAUACCUUGAGCCACCAAAAAGUUAGAGAAAGAAAGGUACAAAGCAAUCAAAGGUAGGGGGGGGAACCCCACACAUAUGUAAUUAACAGAAUAUAUGCAGAAAGUAUUUGUUUAGAUGAUCUCACUGUUUUCAUACAUACAUGUGGGGUUUUGUACUUCAAUGUAGAAAUCCAUCCAGAAUAGGGUCUUCUCGCCACUUCCUGCUACCUCUUGGUCACUGCAGGGAAUCAGAAUUAUUUGGCAUUUAUUUUCUCUUGCUACCCCUAGGGUCACUGCAAGUAGGACCCCCGGUCACUAAGGGGGUAUCUUCAGGGGGACACCUUUGCACAGGGCCGGAUACUGAAGCUUCCCAAGGAAGAGAGGCUGAACUUCCUUGGGGGUAGAAGGUAAAAACCCUCAGGUAAGCCAUAAAAGAAAAGUGAUUAUAGUCCUAAAAUAGACUAAUUUGGUCCUACAGGGAUAGGACAGGAACAAAAAGACUGAGGGAGGAGGAGGUAGGAGGGGGUAUUUGUACCCUUGUUUUAAUUGGUUCCUGUCUAACUAGGGAUAGGGGAGGAGCUACCCAUUGUUGUGCUGCCAUGGAUAUGGCCAGGAAAUAUAUAUAUAUAAUGUGUGUGUGUGUGUGUGUGUGUAUAUAAUGUGUGUGUGUAUGUAUGUAUAUAUAUAUAUAUAAUGUGUGUGUGUGUGUGUGUGUAUUGGUUUGUGUAAAUGUAUAUGGGGAUUGGCUCCCAUAUUACAGGAGAAUGUACUUAUGGAGGCUCUUAUUAUCUACAGCACCAAAUACAUAUAUAUCUAUAUAGAAGGGCGUAAUAUAUCAGACUGUGAAUUAAAGAAUUUUAAUCACGUGCUACUCACUACAUAGGGUGAGUUGGACUAUUUAUAAGCUGAUAACUUUUACACCAUCAGAUAAGAGCUGAAUUUCGUAAUUAGUUAUUUUAAUUGUUAUAAAGUGUGUUUGAACAGCCUCUUUUUUUUAAUUCUUUAUUUUUGCAGUGCAUGAAAAUGAUACAGGCAGGCUUGAGGUGCCCCAAAAGCAGUCCUCAGGCUAUUCCUCUGCGUUACAUGCGGGACAUAUGUUUAUCAAGCACAAUUUUUUUUUUUAAAUAUAAACAUGCUUAGUCAAUCAUACUUUAAGCUAUAAGAAGGUAAGAUAGCUAGUUCAGAGUCAUUUUGUAUGAGGAUGUGACAUAACUAGGAGUAUUUCUAUGUUGCUUGCCGAAAAACCUAGGCUGAGAACAGUACAGGUCAUGCAUAUAUGUAUAUCAGUAGUUGUACAGAUAAAGUAGUACUCCUAGGCUUCACGUGGCUUACAGGCUAGGCCUUGAGCACUCAGUGCAAUACAAAAAUCACCUUUUAGCAGUAGAUGCCCAGUUUUAUCAGGGCAUGGGCACAGUUAUACAGUAAGUUGCUUGGAAGUUAUCCUUACGUAACAGGCUGACUAAGCAUUAAAUCUGAGUAAUAUUCUAUCUUUCAUGGUUUACUAUGAGUGUAACGAACAUAAGAUCACCAAUCUCAAGGUCUAUUCAUGCUGAUGCAAUAUCAUUAACUGUGUGAUUCUUCAGUGAUAUGAUUAAACAUCUAGCGCCCUAUGCUUAACUAAUAGAGGCUAAUAUAAACAAGCGUGAGUAAGGUAUACUAUGGUUGGCAAAAAGCAUUUGUCAGCACAUGAAAUCAAACUGGUAUGCAGCGGUCACCGGCAAGGCACUUGGAUCUGGACCCGUGGGGUAGCGUAUGCGGGUCAUAAGAGAGUUUGUGGUAAGUCACUAUUUAUCCUAUUCCUUCUGUGGGAAUGCGGCUGAGGCUCUCCGGUUGGUCCAGAGGAGGUGCUGAUGCUCGGCCGGUGGUGGGGGUGUCCCUCUUGCCCCAAGCUGGUGUGCAGGCCUGCGUCUUCUGGCCUGAGACUCGGUGGCACACGUUGCCCGAGUGUCUCCCCCUCAUGGGGGUGGCGGGAGGUCUGUAUGUUGAUUGCCGCUUGCGUUUCCGCCUAUGUGGCCGACGCCUUCGGGUCAAGGCCCUCUUGGCCUGCAGCCUGGGUGGGCCGGGGUGGGUGAGUGUCAGCUUUUGGUCUCGUGUUGCGCCCAAGGGAAUUCCCCUCUUGCCCGGCCGCCCAUAGCUCCCCUCUCUUGGGUCCAUGGGGUCCUGUCGUUUUGUCUUGGUGCGCUGUGCGCGCCGCUGGAGCUUCUCCCAGAAGUCGUUGAACAGUGCAUCCAGACGCUGCAUGAGGUCUGUGCCGCAGUCGGAGCUCUGUUUAGCUGCUUCAAGCUGAGUUGCUGCGAGUACUCCGCCGCCAUUUUCAAUGGGCCACGUGUCGCCGGCCCUGGUGUCCACACGCUGUGUAUAGGCUCGGACUGGGCUUGCGGCGAGGACCGGGAUAUCCCCCACCGGUCCCGGGGGGGGGGGCGGGCAGGAUGAAUGAGGGUCGAAGUGGUCGUGGAGCAGGUAGGUGGAAAGGAGAGCGGCCGUCUCCCCUCUGCCAGCCAUCCUGUAGGCCUCGGUCACCGCAGCUAGGGAUCUCGGGUGAUUAGCUAGUCGAUUUGGGUGUCCAGAGUUGCCCCCCGAGGAUCCCAAUUCAGUUAUGCCCGUUAGAGUAGUUCUGUGCCAGUUUUACUGGGUAUUUUCCCCAAAAUCAGGCAGAUAAUGCAGGAGCUGGGUUUCAGCACGUCCACUCUGCUUGGCAGCUAGGCUCCGCCCCCCCUGAACAGCCUCUUUUAUCCACUUUAUGUUAUAUUGCCCAGGAACGUGUCAGUACUGGCAUUAACUAUUUUGUCUUGGGUAUGAUCUGUGGGCAUAUCAUGCAUAUUCAUAAUUAUAUAUAAAGUUUGGUUUAAGAAGGUUGUAUACUGGUCAAUUAUCAAAUACGCUACUCACUUCAUUUUGUAUUAAAGGGACACUAUAGUCACCUGAACAACUUUAGCUUAAUGAAGCAGUUUUGGUGUAUAGAACAUGCCCCUGCAGCCUCACUGCUCAAUCCUCUGCCAUUUAGGAGUUAAAUCCCUUUGUUUAUGAACCCUAGUCACACCUCCCUGCAUGUGACUUGCACAGCCUUCCAUAAACACUUCCUGUAAAGAGAGCCCUAUUUAGGCUUUCUUUAUUGCAAGUUCUGUUUAAUUAAGAUUUUCUUAUCCCCUGCUAUGUUAAUAGCUUGCUAGACCCUGCAAGAGCCUCCUGUAUGUGAUUAAAGUUCAAUUUAGAGAUUGAGAUACAAUUAUUUAAGGUAAAUUACAUCUGUUUGAAAGUGAAACCAGUUUUUUUUUCCAUGCAGGCUCUGUCAAUCAUAGCCAGGGGAGGUGUGGCUAGGGCUGCAUAAACAGAAACAAAGUGAUUUAACUCCUAAAUGACAGUGAAUUGAGCAGUGAAAUUGCAGGGGAGUGAUCUAUACACUAAAACUGCUUUAUUUAGCUAAAGUAAUUUAGGGGACUAUAGUGUUCCUUUAAGACUAGUAUUAAUGGGGAUUCCCACACUUAUUUAUGUAUGCUUACUUUACAAUAUCAGGUUGGCUUAUAUUACCUGUGUUUGCUCAAUCAAACCUCUAAUAUCACUUUCCAGUGAGUAAGGUGGAAGGGUAAGGGGUUUUAUUCUUAACAUAAGGGGGAGUCCCUUGUUACUCAUUAUAACACAUAGUCUUCUUUCUGCUAUCAUUAGGUCUAAACCUCUCCUUCCACUUUAGCUGUGGUGAAAGUCUCAGGUUCUGUGUUGGGUUGUGAACACAUUUUCUGACCUAACCAAGACGCAAGUGGGUGUCAGGUAUGUUUUGCCUAACCCCCCGCCCCUCCAACCCCACCCCUAAGAUUAUGAGUUGAGUGUUACUGGCUACUGGCUCAUCAAGGUUAGUCUGCCACUAGUAUAGAAUUUUCUGGCUUCUUCAUCUCAGUCACAGUGGUCCCGUGAGGCCAACCCCUUUCCUCCACACUUGAGGACAUUCGCCCCUCGGGCCAAAUCAUAGUUAGCCGCCUCGCACGGUUGCAUAGAGAGGGCCUCCCUUGUCACUCCCUUUCUAUCUUAUGCUUUUAGUUGUCACUGAGAGACCAACACCCCACCACAACGUCCGGUGGCAACAUAUUCCCUCGUGCCAAUCGAUAGAGCCUCUCAAGCCACUUGGCAUCUAGUAGGGCCCCUCCUGUUACCACACCUAGGAAAUUGUUUUGCCACUUGGCACUAAAUAGCCAGCCAGUAACCAAUAUGGUGCAGUUGCUGAUUAUGUUUUGAAUAUUUUUCUUUUAGUAUGUCUCAGCUACCUGAAGAUGCAGACAAUUUGUCUCUGCCCAGUACUCCGGACAGGUCCUUGUCACUUUCACAAAAAGACGACAUUGGUAGCCCUACUGCUAUACGAGCAUGGGCCAGACCUCGUAUUACUGCGGAGCUUUGUAGAUGCAGUGUCCCUUUUUCCUGCUACUGCCAGAGAAGCUGAACUGUUCAAAUGAAUGUGAACAAACACCGACAACACAGGAGCGGGAGAAGGGACAAGUGGUCCAGGCAACUCAGACCUUCAUGCCAUGGUUGCCUCACUAGCAGCAUCUAUGGGGAAGGUCAAUGAGAGACUUGAUAGGAUAAAGGCUCAGAGCUUUCCUAUUAUGUUAACUAUGCUCUCAGCUACUGUACUCCCCGAUGAUCCACUAUUAGAAACAGGUAAUUUCUUACCAUCGGGUUCUGAAACCCAUAUUAUUAAUCCAGUCCACAUGGUUCCAGCAAACAUUAAGAAAGACAUGCUGGAGGGGAAGGAUGUUAAUCUUGUUGCACUGCUUAUUGAUUCAAACGAUGUUAUUGAGAACCUCACUUAUGCUUAUGGUGAUAUUUCUGUGGUGUUAAAAGCCAGGGACCCUAGACUUAAUAAGAAACUGUCUAUACCCGAUUUUGUCAUUGCAUUUGGUAUAUGUCGGGAUGUUAUAUGCUCGGUAUAUCCGCAUAGAGAAGAGGAACUUGACCUCUAUUUGCACAAGCUGGUGGACUUGGGAAAUAAAUACAGUGGCUCAUCUUUUUAUGAUUACCACCGGUCUUUUUCGGCAAGGGCGUUUGCAAUUUUGGCUCAGUACAACAUAAACUGACUGGAGCCGCAUGGAUACUGAGCUAUUUUGCUGACACUUUGCUGGUCUAAAUUUGUGCUUCCACCUCACAUGCCUCAGACUAUUGUCCCAUCUUGCCCGAGUCCACACCUGGGGCUUUCCUGGAGACACAUACAAGGACAGACAGAUCAGGCAAGGACAAACUCAGUCGUCCUAUUUACCUUAGAAAGUCGCAGGUGUGCAAUAAUUUUAAUGUAGGUACAUGCAUAUAAAGUGCCUGCAGAUUGUUGCAUGUGUGUUCACAUUGUUUUAGGGCUCAUGCCAAGUCCAUGUGUCCUAAUAAAAACCAUGCUAAACCUUAUCUGAAAUCCAAAAAUGUUGGCUCUUUGGCUCACGCCUUAGCUUCUCACCCAUCCAAACAUCUAGUGGAUUUCCUGAUUAAUGGUUUUUCUGAGGGAUUUCAUACAGGUCUGGUGCAUAUUCCUGCGGGCAUUUACUAAUACAACAAUUUACAAUCGGCAUUUUCUGACAUGGAAACAGUUAAUGCUCUUUUAUGAAGACUUUUUUUGGGACUUUUUCACGCGCCCUCAAUCUUCCAAUUGGAGAACCAAUCCUAUAGGAUUAGUUACCGGGAAGUCCAUAGGGAAACACAGACUCAUUUUAGAUAUUUCUGCACCUCACUCCUUGGCCAUACAAAGCCAUAAGUCAUUAAUUCAAUCCGAGGAAUUUUCCCUUUAAUACGCCAACAUAGACAACGCUAUACCCACCAUCAUCACGGCAGGUGUAGGAGCUUGGCUGAGCAAAACAGACAUCAUCAAUGCAUUUAAAUUACUUUCCAUACGUCUGUCUCUAUGGCAUCUGCAUGGUCUGAAAUGGAAAGGUUUAUACUAUUUUUUUUUUUUUUUAUUUUUUUUAACAAGGCUCACUUUCGGAUCGAAAAACAGCCCAAAAAUAUUAGAUACGUUCGCUGAGACUUUGUGUUGGCUUAUGUUGAACAAUUGCAGAUGCCAUGCGGUAAUACACUACUUAGAUUACUUUCUGUUUGUGGAAAAUAACUCCUCUCCCCCCAGUGAUCUAACCAAGGCCAUCUCGUUUUUUCAUGAUUCAGAGCACAGACGUGUUCAUGCAGAUAAAGGCACAUUGAGGAAGAUUUCUGGGGGUGCCAGUUUCUCCCAAGAAAACAAAGGCCCUGACACGUUGGUAAAUUUUUUGGGUAUCCUUCUUUAUUCCGUGAGCAAGGAAGCUAGCCUCCCCUUAGGGAAAAUUGAUAGUAUCCUGCAGACCAUAAACAAUUUUCUGCAUAGUAGGACAUGCAAUCGGAAGGAAUUGCAAUCUCUGUUGGGGUCACUAAAUUUUGCAAUAAGAAUUAUUCCGCAAGGUAGAGCCUUUAGUUCAAGACUCCAUUGCCUUCUUCCACAAUUGCCUAAUGACUUUAGCCGUAAUUGCUUGGAUGCCCAGGCUAUUGCUGAUUUAUUAAUGUGGCGUAAAUUCUUGUUACAAUGGAAUGGCAGAAGUAUGUUUCUACUACAAUUGUCUAUUCAUUCUCCUGUAAUUUGGAUGGAUGCUGCAGCAUCCACAGGUUUUGCAGCCAUAUGUGGCAAUGAGUGGCUCUGUGAUGGUUGGCCAGAGGAGGUACAGCUCAUCGAAGGGUUCUCACCUGGGCCGCUGGAAGUCAUCUGAAUUUGCUCUGUACAUACCUCAACCUGUGUUAAACUGUCAUCUUGAGGUAUUUUCUUUGCACUAUGUUUCAUGUAUUGAAUAAAUAUUUAUUUGGCAAGAUACUGUUAAUUUUUGCCCACUUUAUUACAGGCCUACCGCAUACGUCGGUUUCGGCACACUUCAACCGACUUGUUCCUACCUAUAUAAUACACCGAACAAUACACACGCUAACGUUGCAAGAAUAGCACCGAACACAAAUAUAAAGGCUUUGCCUGGAGUUGUGGGAGGAGCUUGUUGAUCCUACUUAAGGCACUUCCCCCUUACCUGCAUCACCGUGAAAAUCAGACGUUCGGCAGGCCCCACCCACCACCCCCUCAACUCUUUUAUUUUUUAAAAUUUUUAUUUAAUAUUCAGUGUGGGCCCACUUUAUUUCAGACCUACCGCAUAUGUCGGUUUUGGCACACUUCAACCGACUUGUUCCUAUCUAUAUAAUACAUCAAACAAUACACACAUUCUAAUGUUACAAGAAUAGCACCGAACACAAAUAUAUAUAUAUAUAUACAUAUAUAUAUAUAUAUAUAUACACACACAUACUUUUAUUUCCUAUAUGUAUGUAUAAUAUAUUAAAGCAUUGUAUAUUUUACAUAUAUAUGACUUCAUUAUAAGUGUAUUUCCUGUGUGUCCAACUUGUCUGGUUACAAUUACAUGUUUGUUCGUCCACCCACUGUAAAGCGCUGUGAAAUUUGUUUGCGCUAUGUAAAUAACAUCAUCAUAAUAAUAUUAAUAAUAAUACUCAAAGUACACUUAUAAUGAAAUCAUAUAUAUGCAUAAUGUAUUAUAAAACGAAUUAAUUAUUUUAUAAUAUAUUAUACAUAUAUAAUAGACACUCCUCACUUACCGACAGGGGUCCGUUUCUACGACCAGGUCGUAGAACUAAUCUAUCGGUAAGUGAGGAGUUAAGGGAUUCCCUGCUCUGGUAUGUUAGCAUAUGUUCGGGGAAGUUUGCCCGAACAUAGAUUUGAGGGAUUCCCUGUUCUGGCGUGUUUGUCUAUGUUCAUGGAAUCCCCACGACGGCUCGCACUUAUGCCUUGUCGUAAGUCUGAGCCAUCGUAAAUCAGGUAGGUCGCUAAAUGAGGACCACCUGUAUAUGUUUAAUAUAUUUUAUUUUUUACUUUUUUAGCAGCCUGGGGGACUGCCUCACAGCUGGCAGGUCCUAGAGUCCUAUUGCAGCAGGGGGACUGCUGGGGUCUCUGACAGUUCCCCCUCUGACCAUGAUUGCCAUGGAUCACCGGUACAAGUAAGUCCAGGGCUCCUAUUUGCCGUGGACGUACUAGGUACAUCCGCGGUCCUUAACGACCGUUUUUUGUCGGACAUACAUAGUACGUCCACAGUCGUUAAGGAGAUAUACAUAGAUAUAUAUGUAAUUUCAUUCUAAGUGUAUUUUGAGGUAUAUAUACAGAUAGAUAAUUAUAUUUACAGUUUUUUCUUUAUUUUUAAUAUUUAUUUAUAUAUAUAUAUGUAUAUAUACAGUUAUUAUAUAUAAGUGUGUAAUUUUACACUAAGUGUAUUUUUAUAUUCAUAUGUAUAUACACCCUGUUCCAAAUUAUAAUGCAAAUUCUAUUUAAGUGUCACAAAGGUUUAAAUAUUUUGUUUUACAGUUUAACUCAUGGAUGGCAUUGUGUCUCAGGGCUCUUUUGAUCACUGAAAACAAUCUCGGACACCUGUGAUAAUUAGAUUGUCAGGUGAGCCCAAUUUAAGGAAAAACUACUAAAGGAGGGUGUUCCACAUUAUUAAGCAGAGCACCAUUUUCAUGCAAUAUGUGGAAGAAAAAGAUCUUUCUGCUGCCGAAAAGAGUGAAAUAGUUCAAUGCCUUGGACAAGUUAUGAAAACAUUAGAUAUUUCAUGAAACUUAAGCGUGAUAAUCGCACUAUUAAGAGAUUUGUGGCUGAUUCAGAGCACAGAUGGGUUCAUGCAGAUGAAGGCACAUUGAGGAAGAUUUCUGCCAGAUCCAUGCAUUGGAUCAAGAGAGCAGCUGCUAAAAUACAUUUACAUAGCAGCAAACAGAUAUUUGAAGCAGCUGGUGCCUCUGGAGUCCCACGGACAUCAAACGGCUGCAUUGGGCAGAAAAAUACAUGAAGACUAAUUUUCAAACAGAUGAGUGCAGUGCAACCCUGGAGGGUCCAGAUGGAUGGAGUAGUGGAUGGUUGGAUGGACACCCUGUUCCAACAAGGCUACGACGUCAGCAAGGCGGUGGUGGAGUCAUGUUUUGGGCCAGAAUCAUGUGAAGAGAGCUGGUUGUCCCCUUUAGGGUCCCCGAAGGUGUAAAGAUGACCUCUGCAAAGUAUGUGAAGUUUCUGACUGACCACUUUCUUCCCUGGUACAGAAGGAAGAACUAUGCUUUCCGUCAUAAAAUCAUCUUCAUGCAUGACAAUACCUCUGCAUCAAUGGCUGCUAUGGGGAUAAAAGGAGAGAAAGCCAUGGUGUGGCCUCCAGCCUCCCCUGACCUCAAUCCUAUUGAGAACCUUUGGAGCAUCCUCAAGCAAAAGAUCUAUGAGGGUGGGAGGCAGUUUACAUCCAAACAGCAGCUCUGGGAGGCUAUUCUGACAUCUUGCAAACAUAUUCAAGCAGAAACUCUCCAAAUACUCACAAGUUCAAUGGGUGCAAGACUUGUGAAGCUGCUAUCAAAUAAGGGGCCCUAUGUUAAAAUUUAACGUGACCUGUUAAAAUGUUUAAAAAGUUAAAAUGUUGUUAUAAGUUUGAUUGAAAUAGCUUUUGAUUUCAGUAAAUAUGCUGCAAACACAACAAAUGAAAAAUUUCAACCUUUAGUGUAUUGAAACUUACUGUGCGUAAUAAUUUGGAACAGUGCAGUGUAAGUUUUUUAUGUUUAAAAAAAAAAAUACUGUUAAAAGUUGAAUUGUACUCUUAAUAGUUGAUAACAUGAGAAUUAUGCUGACUGUUAUUUACAUAAAUUAUUUUGGUAAAUGAGAAAAAUAUAAUUUGCAUAAUAAUUUGUUACAGGGUGUAUAUAUUAAUAAAAUAAUACACUUAGUAUGAAGUUAUAUAUAAGAUAUAGAUAGAUAGAAUUGGAGAGGUGGGACUGACUGUCUGACCGAUCGCCAGCGGGAUACGGCAGUGAAUGGUAAGUACAUGGGGAGGGAGGGUAGGGGUUAAUUAAAAAAAAAAAAUGUUUUAAUUAAGUGCCCUGACCCCUCGAGGCACUCAGUACAGGCAGAGCAUCGGAAGUCUGCCUGAUGGCAUCCGAUGUUCUGCUCUACAUUGCCGGGCGCCACAUGCGGCAACCCGGAAGUGAUUGCUAUGGGGUGAGCCAUCACUCAGGUAUCUGGCAGUGUGGGGGGAUAUUCUACAAUGCCUCAUUAUCGAGACAUCUUGUAAUACCCAUAGAGCGGCUGGAAGUGAUCACGAUCACUGCCAGCGCUCAAAUUUACCGCGGACGUACCUCAUACCGUUUUUUACUGACGUACCUCCAAUGUCCGCGGUCCUUAAGGGGUUAAAGAACUUUGAAACUAAUCUACACACUGUGCUGGCAGAAUAAAACUAAAUUCAACAUUUUCCCUCCUCUCAACUGUCAAUUAAAGGGACACCAUAGGCACCCAGACCACUUCAUCUUGUUGAAUGGAUAAAUACAUUAUGUUAUUGGUAAAAUAUAUAUUAAUUGCUUAAAUGGCUGUUAAUUGGAAAAGGGGAUCCAUUGUAUAUUUUCCCAUUUCUUGUCUCUCUCUGCAGGUCAAUGGUUUGAUGCAGAAUCUGCCCUACAGCUACAAGGAUGGAGGUAUUACCAUGUAUCAGAACCCUAAUUCCAUGGUAAUCAAAACUGACUAUGGACUUUCUGUGUUAUAUGACUGGUCAUGGAAUGUCAUGGUUACCCUUCCGAGCACUUAUACUAGGGCGGUUGGUGGUCUUUGUGGUAAUUUCGAUCAGAACAAAGAUAACAAUGUAACAAAUGAAAGAACAUCCCGAGCAUCACCCGCUGCAUUUUGCAAUAACUGGAAACAAGAUGCACAAUGUGAAGAUGUAGAUAGACCACAAUGUGCUGGAUUGGCAGAAAAGGAACAGACACAGAGAGAUAAAGGCACCGAAUGUGGCAUUUUACUGGACAGUCGAGGCCCGUUCCAUAAAUGUCAUACGUUAGUGAAUCCUGAAAAUUAUUUCAAGAGCUGUACUUAUGUCUCCUGUAUUUUACCGAACACCCAGAACUCCCUCUGCUCAGCUCUGUCUGCUUACACCACGGCAUGCAAGGUAGCUGGUGGCACCGUCCAACCCUGGCACAGUGACACGUUCUGCUGUGAGUUCUUGCAUAUUAAGAAAUGUCGAUGGAUAAUGAGAAUGUAAAGCCAAUGGUUAAUGUAUAGAAUGCCUAUAUCUAUCCUUGACACUAUCGAUGUGGACUGCACUUCCUUUAAUGUGUAUCCAUAAUUUCUAUUUGGGGUUAAAAAAGUCACAGUAAUAUCCAUAUGGCAAACAGUUGGUGAAUUUUCAUUUAAAAACUAAACAAAUAAAAAUCUCCUGAAUUUUCUUAUAUUAAUCAUUGUAGUGUAAACAUUAGACUGCAGUGUAUAUAAUGUAGACCUGCUUAUUUUAAGAUGUUUUGACAUUGUUUAGCAUAUCUUUAAUGUAUUCCCUGAUAAUAUUUGUUUCUUGUGUUUAGAACACAAUUUUCCAGUUCUAUAUUCAUGAAGGCAAAAGUGGAGCAAUUCUGGGACAGAGUAUAAUACGUUUCCAUGGAAACCAAUGGGAUGCCCCUGCUUUUUGCUCCACAUUUCACACUUGCCCCAGAAUAACUCCCAGUUGAAAAUGAUUAAUUUUAAUGUUAUAUUAAAAAACUGAAGGAAAGGAUUAUAUUUAGCAAAUGUUCAAAAUACGACGAGAAUAAUGUGUCCCAAUGCAAGUAGGGUAAAUAUUAUGUGACAAAUAUAUAAUACCAACAUUGCUGCAACAGCGCAAGAGUUCUUUAACUAAAUCACUAAAGAGUUUAGCCCAAAACAGUUAUCUGGAAAAUGGCUACUUUGUAAAUUUUGUAAUAUAAUUAUUCUGACCUAAAAUUACAAUUCCCUCGCCAGCUUUUUGUAAUUCCCUUUUGCCCUGGUUUAAGAAUACACCUGAGGACAUUAUUUCAAUGAAUGUGAACUGUUUUGUGACAAUGUUCCUUUAAAAAGGAAAACAUAUACUGGGAUUAAUGUUGUAUCUCUACUGUCCCUUCCAGCAUUAUCCUGUCCUCCUAACAGUCACUAUGAAGAGUGUGCGAGUGACUGUCCUCUCACCUGCAAUGGCCUCAUAACCCUAGCUGGCUGUGACUCUACCUGUAGUGAGGGCUGUGUCUGUGACAAUGGCUUUGUGCUGAGCGGAGCAUUGUGCACCCCCCUCUCACAAUGUGGCUGUGUUUAUAACGGAGCCUAUUACACUCUCGGAGAGACUGUUUAUGAAGAGGAGAGUUGUUCGAAGAGAUGUACCUGCAGUAAUGGUGGUGAUAUGAUCUGCUCGCCAAACACUUGUUCUCCCAAUGAAGAUUGUGGCUUGGAAAAUGGUAAAUGGGGCUGUUACCCCAAAGGUUUAGCCAUCUGUACUGCACGUGGAAAUCUUCACUAUAACAACUUUGAUGGGCGCACCUAUGCCUUCCGGGGGCUGUGCUCUUAUGUAAUGGCUCAGAGCUGUGACAAUGGUAUGACUGGAGUGAGGACAAGUGGAGAUGACUUCAAGGUCAUCGCGCAGCAUGAAAAGUUCGUAAGCAGUGCUGCAGUGGUCAGACUCGUAACUGUGGAAAUCUAUGGGUAUACUAUUAUCCUGACACGAAAGCAAAAAGGAACUGUCCAGGUAAUUAUGUUGUUAUUUAGAAAUAUCUAGAAAAAUAUGUAACAACAUAUCACAUACGCACAAACCGUAAUCAGGUAACAAAGUAAAGUUCUGAAAGGGACGUUUAAUAUUCUACUGGUUUCCAUGUUGAUUGCCUUCACUUUUCGAGGUUUCAGAGUUAUUUACUAAAGUAGGAGUUCAAAGUAAACUCAGAUAAAAUUUAGGGCCAAAAUAGGUAAAUAAAAAAAAAACUGCAAGUCACGUGUGCUCCCACUUGAACUAUUUUGAUCUAAAAUUUGCAGGAAAAGUGAGAAUUCAAAGUGGAUUUCAAGGUAAAAAUAGUAAACCGGAAAAAAUGAUCUGAUCCAGAUAUAAUUCCAGUUUAACUACUUUGGCCUUAGAUUUCAAAUUGACUUUGUAUUCUCACUUUUAACAAUAAACAUAUUAGUCUGAAUGUGUUUUUUAUGCAGUUCUAGCCACACCUAUCCUGGCUGUCAAUCAGACAGUCUCUGUGAAUAAAAAAAGUUUCAUUUUUACAGCACAUUGCAUAUACUUUAUGUCGUAUUAUCUCCUGCUGUGUGAUUUGCUUGCUAGAGCAUGCACCAGAGUUAUAUGUAUGAGUAAAUCUGAAUUAAAAGAGUAUGUAAAGUAAACACACUGUGCUGUAAGAUUGGAUUGAAAAUAGAACCAUUUUCCAUGCAGACCGUAUCAGUCACAGUCAGGGGAUAUGUGUCUAGGGCUGCAUAAACAGAAACAAAAGUUAUUGAACUCCUAAAUGGCAGCAAAUUGAGCAGUGCGACUGCAAGGUCAUGAUCUAUUCAACAAAACUGCUUCAUUACACUGAAGUUGUUUUGGUGCUUUGGGUGUCACUUUAAAUAACAUAAUGUUAUUGUAGUUCAGCCUAGAGCAGGCUUCAACAAACUCUGGCCCUCCAGAUGUUGCUGAGCUACAACUUCCAUGACUCUAUGAAUGAAAUAGGCUGAGAAUCAUGGUAGUUGUAGUUCAGCAACAUCUGGAGGGCCGGAGUUUGGGGAAGCCUGGCCUAAAGUGUGAAAAAACAGCUGUAAGAGAAGCCUGCAAGAUGGUAAAACUAUAAUUUACAUGGACAUUCCAGGCUAGAACCAACUAUUUAUUAUAAAAACAUUGUAUAACUGAUAAUAAUAGUAAUAAUCAUACAUGUGAAUAUAUAUAUAUAUAUAUAUAUAUAAACAACCACUAUAAAAUAAUAAAACAGAAAAAAAUACUCACUUUUAAAAUGUAUUUUAUUUUUUUUGCAAAGCCUCAAACUUUUAAUCUUUUUACCUUUUUUGUUGCUUCAUUUUAUUUGCCAUAUAAUUCAGUUUGUGUUCUUGAUUGGCAGGUAAAUGGAACAGAUUACAGAUUGCCGGUUACUUUACUUUCUGGAAAAGUCCGAGCUGAAUAUUACGGUCAGGGUGUCAUCGUUAAGAGUGAUUAUGGUAUACAGGUGACCUUUGAUCUUAUUUAUGGUGUCACAGUGUCUGUCCCGAACACUUACAAGGGCAGGACCUGUGGGCUGUGCGGUAACUAUAAUGGAAAUGCUAUCGAUGACAUGGGUUGGACGGCAAACGAAAUUGAUACUUUUGGGGAAAAAUGGAAAGUGUCAGACCCCAGCAAUUCCUGCUCCGUAGGAUGUGGUGCCAGCGAUAACCCUUGCCCCACAUGCGAAGGGCCUAAAACUGAAAUAUUUUCUAGAGAGAAUUACUGCGGCAUCAUGAGCUCAGCUAUAUUUGGCAAAUGCCAUUCUGUCAUCAGUUACAGUCAAUAUAUAAAGGACUGCAUUUAUGACCUGUGCCAGAGUGAUGGGGACACCAGCAUAUUGUGUGAUAAUGUAGCGACCUAUGCAGCUGCAUGUAAAGAUGCUGGCGGUCCAAGCAUUCAAUGGAGGACAGAAGACUUCUGCGGUAGGUGUGACGAAUGGUACACAUUCUAAUACUUUCUAUCCAAUAGUGGGGGGGGGGAAGUAAAACCGCCAGUGAGUUAAAUACAGUAACUAAGAGUAAUGUACAGCCCUGGGAUACUGAAUACCAAGCUUGUUCUUAGUGCUACGACACAACUGCCAGAUUUAACUUCUCAAUGAGUCUCUCAAUGUUGAAAUUACAUCAAUUAGAUGUAGGAUUUACAAAGAUGCCAAUAUGGCUUUUAUUCAUUUUGAAAGUCUUGCAGAAUUCCCUUGCAGAGUCCUGAUCCGGUCUGCUUUCUACAAUUUCUAUCCUGUAAUCUCCUCUUUAUUUACAGCUAUGGCCUGCCCCAUUCAUAGUCAUUACAGUGAAUGCCCGGAGCUCUGUUCCACCAGUUGUGCCACCCUCACUGACACGUAUGGCUGCUCCAAGACCUGCACUGAGGGCUGUGAAUGCGACACUGGCUACUUAUUCGAUGGUACAGAUUGCAAACCUGUAGAAGAAUGUGGCUGUUUUGGAAAUGGGCGGUAUUACAAGGUACAGAUAAGGAAACACAUAACAUGAACAUGCAAAUUAUUAUCUAUAUUAUCUAUUUCUACAUAAUGAGCAUUUUAUUAACACUCACAAAAAAGCGAGAAAGGGUUUCUACUUUAGCAGACGUGGUAAAGGGGCCGUAUUGCCCCUCUAGGCUGUCCAGUAACUUUUUUGUCUUUAGAUAAAUAAAAGGUAAAUGUUUUCUUCAUAUAACUAUUCAUGAUACUUUUUUGAUUGAUUACUUUAGUAUGAUUGUAUUGUUUUAUUGUAUCAGUAUGUAUCUAUCUGUCAAACAAUAGAUUUAGGAUUCUUUUACCACCACCUGCUGGUCUCGUAAGAUAUUGACUUUUUCUCUAUUGAAUUUUUAAUUAUUGCACCUGUUAGGUAUAAAAGUUUAUGUUUUUUGAAGUUUUUUGUGAAUUAAUUUAUGUAGCAUACCAAACACAUUACACUCCCAUACAAUGUGGCAGAGUUUGCCAAGAAGAGUUGUAAGAAUUAUUCAGUUCCACGUUUGCAAGCUGGCAAAGACAUAUCCCAAAUUCUCACAAAUUUAAAGGGACACUAUAGUUACCAAAACAACUGUAGCUUAAUGUCGCAGUUUUUGUGUAUAGAUUUGUGUAUAGAACAUGCCCCUGCAGUCUCACUGCUCAACUCUCUGCAAUUUAGGAGUUAUAUCUAUUUGUUUAUGCAGCCAUAGCCACACACCCCUGCAUGUGACUUACACAGCCUGCCUGAAUACUAUAUAAUAUUAUUUUUUUUAAAUGCACUGUUAAUAGCUUGCUAGACCCUGCAGGAGUACCCAGUGUGUGAUUAAAGUUCAAUUUACAGAGCAGAAGAUAAAAACGUUUAAAGUAAGUUACAUCUGAUUGAAAGUGAAACCAAUUUUAUUUUUCAUGCAGGCUGUGUCAGUCAGAGCCAGGGGUGGUGUGACUAGGCCUGCAUGGACAGAAACUAAAGUGAUUUAACUUUUAAAUGGCAAGGAUUGAACAGUGAAACUGGAGUGGCAUGAUCUAUACACCAAAACUGCUUCAUUAAACCAAUGUUGUUUUGGUGACUAUUGCGUCCUUUAAUAAUAACUAAUAUGUAUGCAACCCGUCAAUGUAUGUGUUAUUUUUGUUUUGUUUAACUUUAACAGCAAGACAACAAUAUCUGACAACAUUAGAGUUUUCUUUUUAAUAAGACACAAAUAGUAAAUGUCCUGUCAAAAAUCUACUGUGCACCAACUAUACCUUUAUAAAAUGCCACCGAUUGCUAAAUAACAGAAGACGAGAUCUAGAUUUGGUAUGAUGAGGUGGAACACGUUUAACCCCUUAAGGACACAUGACAUGUGUGACAUGUCAUGAUUCCCUUUUAUUCCAGAAGUUUGGUCCUUAAGGGGUUAAUGACAUGUAACAUACUCACAUCGAUCUGAAGGACACGGGGGACUUCACUCACUCAAUCCAUGUUUUCACAUGUACUCCUUAGAAGGCAAAGCAGCCGGGUUUCAUUUUAUCUAAAAGUAGUAUAUCCUCCUAUUUAUCAGCUGAUUGGAUUGUGCUGCCAGUGUGCCCCACAUCUGCCAAGAUACUCAGCUGAAUAGAUAUGAGUGGAACAUGUUACACGUCCAAAGAUUUAACAAUGGUGUUUAGACAUAGGACUGAAAUAGAAAAUAUUUUUUUAUUUUAAGAUGCAGAAAUUAUUUUACAAGUUUUAACGUGACUUAAAACAUCAAAUACAAAAGUGAUAUAUAAAUGUUGCGUCUGUAUAUAUGCAAACAUGGGAACGUUCACAUUUGUUGGAAAAAUAGGGUAGAGUUCCAACCCUGACACUCAGAUGUUUGCAAGCCCCUUGGGAAAGAAUUACGGGAUAUGACGUUCACAGAUCUGCAGUGCAAAGGUUAGCUGUUAUAGCUGUAGAGCAUACAGCACAGUUCAUGCUAUUAAUAUGGGGGCGGAAGGAUGAUGGCUGAGGUGUUACCCCCAAAUUUUAGAAUUGACACAGUCUGGGUAAUCCACUAAAUUGGGAUUCAUCAGGGACUGACAGGGCAAGGCUUAUUCCUGGGAGGUUUUAUUCAAAAUAGCUGAAAACAUGGCCGAAUCAAAGAAUUUGUCCAAUGUGGCUAUUCUUGUCUAGAAAUGUAAUCUCUCUAGUUAGGUUUCUAUAAUUCACAUUUGAUGAAUAAUCUCAGUUUGGUGUAGUUAUACCUUCUUGUAUGCACCACACAAUGGGAGAGAACGACAGCCAGGCCAAAAUAUCCAACCAGGAAGAAGAAACCCUCAGAAAAAGAAUUCUUGUUAAAAAAGAAAAUCCCCUAGGUACUUUAGGACUCCGUUUUGUGACUUUCUAUUCAGUCAAUAGCCCCCUCAUGUUAUGUCUGACCAUUUCUUUCCACAGCUGAAUGAAACCGUGCUGAACGAGGACUGUAGCUAUCAGUGCAACUGUCAUCCCACCCUGGGCUUGAGCUGCCAUCAUUUUGCCUGCUCAGAAGAUGAGAAAUGUCAAAUUCUGGACGGCAUCAGAGCAUGUAUCAACAUUGGUGAGAAUUGUGUAUAAUCGUAUUAAUGUCUGGGUAAAUUAUAAAAAAGGAAAUCUCAAUCUUUCUACUGCAAAAAUGUAGAAAAUUCAGACUAACAAACAUUUUUUUAAAUAAAAAUGUACAUCCUUUAUAGCUGUAUAUUUAAAAGAGGGUUUAAAAGUUUGGGAACACUCGUUCCUUUUCAGUAAGAAUAUGAGCUCCCAUGCAUGGAGAUACCUUGCUCCCCGAUGCUUAGAGUGCAGCAUGUUUAGCAAUGUGUCCGAGUCCUGCUUUAGUAGGGUGAUAUUACAUAUUGUUGCAGAGGCUUUUUCAGUGAAACCGUUAUUUGCUGUUUACUAGAAAUGUACAUUUGCUGCAAACAAAUUGUUUAAUCUGCAAACGAUUUGGAGAUCAAAUACUUGUGAAUCCGAGCUCCGAAUCAUGGAACAAAACUAAACCUUCCUAUUUGUUAAAAUGAAUCAAAAGAUUUUGUAUUAUAAACAAAAUUAUGGGGUUCAUGGUGGUGUGGGAAAAAUACCUCAAACACAGCAUAGCAGACACAGAUCGGUCUCAAAUCUUACUGGCCCACAAAGGGCUCACACUAAACGCAUUGCAUAUUGAAACUAGUAGGAAGGUUCUAUACCGCUGGUACAUGGUCCCGGCUCGACUGAGACACCUCGAACGCACUAAAUCAGGGACAUGCUGGAGGUGCCUCCAAGAGCCUGGGUCCAGGCUCAACGUAUGGUGGCCAUGCGGGGUACUCACGUAUUAUUGGAAGGGAAUCUCACUGUUACUGUGUAACAAAAAUAUCUUUCCAAAUUAUAGAUCCAUGCAAGUCUAAACACUGUCGAUUGAAGGAAACAUGCAAACUCCAAGACGGAAAAGCUAUUUGUGUUCCAGACUACACAUCUACUUGUUGGGCUUGGGGUGAUCCCCAUUUUAAAACUCUUGAUGGUCUAACAUUUGAUUUUCAAGGAACCUGUACCUAUACUCUAGCCAAAUCCACUGGUGAAGACACUGACUUAGUACCUUUUCGAGUGGAAGCCAAAAAUGAUAAUCGUGGAGAUCGAGCAGUGUCUUUUGUCAGGAUGGUGACUAUUGCGUUGUACGACCUUGUGAUCUCAAUCCAGACUAUGGAGUUUGGGAAAGUACGGGUGAGUAGAUUUCAUGGACAUAGUAAUCUGAUUUAUUAUUUAAUCGUAUUGUAAGGAGACAUUUUACACAAUAACAUGAUUUUGCCACUUCUCUUCAUGUCUGGGUAUUGGGAGUUCCAGAACCAUGCACAGUUGAGUCAUGCGUGAGACAUUGACAGGGUUAUUUAGUCUGAAUUCUGUAUGGAUUGGGAAAAUCCAAAGUACAUUAUUACAUUUCCACAAGAUAUGCGAAUCAGAUAUUUACUCAUUGUAAUUCUGGUAUGAAUACAGUGUUUUGUAAAUAAUAUGCACACCCAAUGUUUGCUUUAACUUCACCUAUUUACAAUUGUAAAUCCUACACAACAUUUAUAAUUUGCAUAUUUAUUUCUAAUGAAUCUUGCUUUGUAGCAGGGAAUCUGAAAAUAUAUUUAUUAAUCUGUUAUAACCCUUUUCUCACUACUGCCAUAAGCACACCCCUCAAACUGGAAAACAAAUUAUCAUACACCAUGGCCUGCUCUCUUGCUGUAACUUAUCUGCUGAAUGCUGGUGGAGAGUUAUAAAAAAAUAGCCCUCCUACCCCCACCUCAAAAAAUGGUGAAGACACUGACUUAGUACCGCACGCCCGGGAGGCCUUGCAUUCCACCGAGCACCGAAACGCUCUACUGCGCAUGCGCAAAACGGUGUUUACGUUUUUUGGCACCAAAUUCAAAAAUUGGUGGCAUAUAAAGCUGUGCAGGACCUUUCUGACCCCAAGGGUGGGUGUACAGUCCUGGUUCUCCGUGUCACCAGCCCUCCUACACGGUUCUAAGAUGGUUUGAGGUGAGAUUUAACUCUUAAAACUCUCCUUUUGUCACCUAUUUCUAUUGCAUGCUCCUAUAUAUAAUUACUGGUGUUUUUUCCUUUUUCCCAGAUAUGUCCAGUCCUAUAUCUCCGGAUAAGACAGAUAAAGACAAGAUGUCAGCAUCUGUUCCUAAAAAAUCCACAAGCAAAUCUAAGCACUUAUGUUCUCUGGAAUGUGCUGUGCCUCUACCUGAUGGAUGUAGCAAAACGACAUGCAAUCAGUGCUCUACGGAAUUGCUAGAAAAAGCCAAGCAGACUGAUAUGUCAUUCUUCCUGUGCUGGUUUCAGGAAAACUUGUCCCAGACAUUUGAAUCUUUUAAAGAUGCUGUAAAUAAAGAACCGGCUAUUCAGGAGAAGCAGCCUACGAAACGUAGGAGAAAUAGAUCUCCUUCUCUGUCUGAUAUUUCUUCAGGAGAAUGCUCUUCCUCAUCACCUUCUGAUAUUUCCAGCCUCGUUUCAGGUGUGGAAGAGGGUUUUCCACCAGAAGAGCUCAAAAAAUGUAUUAAAGAAGUGGCGACAGCUGUACGAGAACCAGAACCUACCAAGAGUAAGGUUAAAGGUUUCCAAAUGCCCCCUAAGAUAAUCGAUCUCCUUCAUAGAGAAUGGAAGAAUCCUGAAAGACGUGCAUUUAUUUUAAAACAUUUUUAACUUCUGUUCAAACUACAGUCUGAAGAGAAAUGGAAGAAUCUUCCCAAGGUAAAUAUUCAGAUAGCCCAGCUAUCAAAGAAGAUCACUAUACCCAUUGGCGAGGUCUCAGGACUUAAACACCCAAAGAACAAACGAGCCGAAACUUCAUGUAGAAGAAUCUUCCAAGCCGCAGGCUACCAUUGCAGAGCCGAAAUAGCAGGUUCAGCGGUUCUCAGGGCACAGAACAUUUGGCUCCAAGCCCUGGAAGAGUCUCUUAUGGGAAAGUCCGAUACCGACCCUGCCCUGCUGAUGUUCCUCCAGAAAUGAUCUAACAAAUUUCCUUCAGAUGCCUCUGAUAAGAUUCUUCGUUUAUCAGCAAGAAUUAUGGGUUUGUCAUCAGUGGCCAGAAGAGCGCUAUGGCUACGAACAUGGACAGCUGAUUCAGCUUCUAAGGCAGCCUUGUGUGAAUUACCAUUUGAGAGGCACUCCUUUGGAAGACAUUAUUAGACAAAUGUCAGAAACAAAGAAAGCUCUACCUCUGGAAUUAAGACAUCGAAAUAUAUCAGUUUAAGGGUCAGCGUUCUUUUCGUUACCAGGGGCGUUUUCGCAGAUUUCAAAGACAUGGUGAAAACAGCAGUCAGUGGUCUAGACAGGAUUCCAACAGGCAAGACAAAAAAAGAAAAUGUUGACGCCAAAAGAGUAGGAAGACGCCUUUGGUUCUUCGCCCACGAAUGGGAAAAGAGUAUAUCAAACAGGUGGAUUCUAAGAACAGUUUCAGAAGGUUACAGAAUCAAGUUUUCCGCAAUGCCACAACCAUCCUUCCUACUGUCAAGAUAUCCAUCAAGAAAGAAAUCAGAGACACUCCUAACAGAAACCCUUAUCCUUUUAAGGAAAGAUAUAGUAAAGAAGGUACCCAAACGAUGGGAAUUUCAGGGAGUGUACUCCUACCUGUUCCUGGUUCAAAAACCAGACGAAUCCUUUCGGCCUAUCCUAGAACUAAAACAUGUCAACACCUGCAUACUGUAUCAAAGGUUUCGUAUGGAGAAUAUUCUGUCUGUCACACACAUCUUACAGUGGCUUAUUUAAAUCACCAAGGAGGCACAAGGGUGAAAGCUCUACAAGACCUCUGCUAUUGCAUCAUGUCUUGGGCCCAAGCAAAACUUCUCGCAAUCUCAUCUACCCAAAUCAGAGGGUCUCUAAACAUUAUUGCAGACAACCUCAGCAUGAGUCAUUGGUCUCAGACAGACUGGUCACUAUCAAACCAAGUUUUCUUGGAGCUGGUUACCCGCUUUUGCAGGCCGGAUAUAGACCUGAUGGCCACAAGGAGAAACAGAAAACUGCAGAGAUUUGCUUCCCUCCAAGCACGAGAUUACCCAGAUAUUUUAGAUGGUCUAUCGAUUACUUAGAACUUUGACAUGGCUUAUGUUUUCCCUCCAUUAGCUCUUAUUCCACGAAUUUUUCAGAAGAUAAGAUGGGAGAAGGCAAGAAUUCUAGCUGUCCUGUCCUUCUGGCCAAACAGGAGUUGGUUUUCAGAAGUGGAAAACAUGACCAUCUCACGUUGGUCUCUCCCAAUCUCUUCCAACAUGAUAGAGCGUGUGACUCUUCCUGUAGAAACACUGGAAAUGUUCCUCCUGACGACAUGGUUGCUGCAAGGUUGAUCCCUCAAGGACAUGGUCUUUCAGACCGCUUAUGUGACGUUCUGCUGUCUUCAGUCCGCUUGUCCACAACAAGAAUCUAUUUCAGGGUUUGAAUGAAGUUCAGAGCCUGGUUCUCUGUUCGAGGUUCGGAUCCUGCCAAAGCAUCAGUCCCAGAAAUUCUUUCUUUUUUGCAGGUUGGGUUUGAAGCCGGCCUAGGGGUCUCUACUCUCAAGGGCCAGAUUUCAGCUAUAAGUCACUUCCUGGUUCGUCACAAUCCCUCAGACUUGCUUAUCCAAUGGUUUGUUAAGCCCAUAUGGCUGAAGAAACCUCCCAAGUUGGUCUCUUUCCCUACCUGGGAUUUGUCCUUGGUGCUUCAAGCCCUUUGUGAACCACCGUUUGAACCAUUACUGGAGGUUCCCAUUAAACUGCUUACCUUCAAGAUGGCAUUCCUGGUGGCUAUCACCUCAGCUAGGAGGAUAGGUGAGAUCCGGGCUCUAUCUUCCUCUCCUGAGUUCACUGUUUUUCAUCAAGAUAAAGUUGUCCUGCCCCCCAGGCCUUCUUUUUUACUCCAGGUUAUCUCAAGUGCUUCUGUGAACCAACCUAUUAUUCUGCCCGCCUUUUGCCAGUCUCCUGCAUCUGAUCUUGAAAGAAAGUGGCAUCUCCUUGAUGUUAGAAGAACCCUGAAGGUCUACCUUCAGAAGACUCAGGGGUUUAGGACCUCAGAUCAUCUCUUUGUCUCCUUUCAAGGUUGUGCUGUCUCCAGACCAUCUUUAGCCAGAUGGCUGACCAAUACCAUCAGGUUGGCUUAUCAAUCUAAAGGCUGUAAAGGCUCAUUCCACUAGGGCUAUGGCAACCUCCUGGUCUGAAAGAGCAGCUGCCUCACCUGAAGAUAUCUACAAAGCAGAUACUUGGUCGUCAUUACAUACUUUUAUUAAACAUUAUAGGCUGGACACAUUCUCAUCCUCUGAAGCUGCUUUUGGGUUUAAGGUGCUACAGGCAGUGACCUUCGGAGUCCCCACCCUUUUGUUUUGUUUGCAGGGAUCUUGCUAUAUCCCACUUGUAAGUACUGCCACUAUACGAGAGGAAAAACAGUAAUUUUACUUACCGUAAAUUCCUUUUUUCUUAGUAUGGUGGCAGUACUGGCUUUUCCUCCACUUUAUAUGGAUUAAAUAACUUUUGCAUUAUUCAGUCUCUGUUUGGUUCUUUUGUAUUACUGGAGUUGUACUCUGGCUCACAGGUUAUAUGGAGGCAGCAGGCGGAGCACAACAAUUAUCUUCAAAGAAGGGGGAGCUUCUUGUCCAAAACCGGAAGGAACAUCCCAUUUAUAAGUGUAACGGACCGUUUUGCACAAAAGGGGAAAAAACCGCUUAGACGAUAAUCCCUCUUUUCAGAGACAGGCACAGCUACGGUAUAAUCACCAAAACUCACGAACCGCCAAUAAGUGAAUGCAUCAAACUCCCGAACGGCAUACAAGGGAAUAAGGUAGCACUUCAAAUAAACGAACAGGAACCAUACGAAUAGCUGCUAGCAGACGAAUAGGAAAAGCUUCCAAGCGGCUUACACUCCUAGCAAUCAGUCUCUAUCAGCAUUCAGUAAAUCCCCCCAAAGACGAGACAAGGCUCCGUGUUGAGGGUCAAGCAGUGGUCUGUUUAAUGAGGGCUACCUGCCCAGCUUUUAUGCAGGUCUCCCACCUGGUGGACACUCCCCUAGGGGACCAAAUGGGAGACUGUGACAAGGGACAGACAAGUAUACAAAAAGGACACACAGUCACAGUAUAUUCCCACAAUGCAUCCUGGCUUCCUCCCCUCUGCCCUGGGAGAUAAUUGGGAAGUAACUCAAUUAUCUCCCAAGACAAAGGCAAAACUCCAUUACACACGUGGGAACACAAAACAGCAUUAUACUUUAAAAUGCACAAAGUAACAUUUACUACAUUAAACACAGGCAUGUAACACAUCCCCAGAUAGCUCAGGUCUGAGUGCACAUUAUUAGGUGAAUGGCACUCAGACUACACGAAUACAGUUCAAUCGCCAUGGAGCCAAAGUCUUUACAGUCAGUUUCAUACGAAUGGGCUCCAUGGGAUUCCUAUCUGGGGUAUAAGACAUUCACACAAAAAUACCGAACACCGGGUCAUUCGUGUGCUUUCACCGAACAAGAAGGGAGGUCGGCGGCUUCAGCGGUGUUCGCGCAAAACUGUGUCCGAUUUUAGUUCCAUGAAAAUAGAGGCGAACACCGCUGUUCAUUCGUAUGGUUUAAAAUGGCCGCGACCUCGUGUUCGGGAUACGAACGGCGGCCACCCAGCGUUCAUCAAUUAAGCUGCGGUUAACCGCAGCUUCAGGGAGGUUAAUUGCCGGCACACUCCAGCUCCCAGGUGGUCCAGUCAUUCGUACGGUUGUUCGGUAGAUUGAAACUACCGAACAACCGGCAGAAAAGCACGAAUACAGCUUUUCUGCAUGGAAAAAUAAAGUCUUUUAAAAGGGGGCCAUAGUCCAAAGGCAGCAGGCGAGCAACCAGGCUUCUCCAAUGCAAUGUGGCGAGAUUGGUCUCGUCACAUCUCUCCCCUUUUCCAAACAGACUAACAGGGUAUCUGACCUCCUGCCGGUCAGUGCCCUUGUUAGUCCAGCAGCCCACCCACAACAAAUAAUCAACAGCACAGCCCACCCACAAUAAAUGGUUACUACACCUGGGUAGAGAAGAAGCUUGUCCAUGUCCAGGUGCCUCACCACGGCUGUGCUGGGUACGGGUACGCUGACUUGGUGGGUUGCUGCGUGGGCAGAGACCAGCGGCACUCUGCCCUGUUGCCAGCGCUACUGGGAGGGUAGCCUGGUGGAAGCCUGGUUGUUGGAGGGGGAGACCGACUGUCUCCCCUUUAAAUACACCGCUCUGCUGCUGCUGCUGGAGACUGCCUGUCUCCCCUUUAGAUGCACAGUCCUGCUGCUGGGAACCGACCGUCUCCCCUUUGGUUACCCAUCUCUGCUGCUGGAGGGGGAGACCGACUGUCUCCCCUUUGGCUAAACAGCCCUGUCGCUGGGGGGCAGGACCGACCGUCCCUACCCCCUGUGCUGGCAGUGUAGAGACCACGGUCCCAUCUGCACCGUUGUGGGGCUUACUGUCUCCCCUUUGUACAUUAAGCUGCCGCUGGGGAGAGGGGGUAACAAGCUCCUCUCCCAUACAUACUUCCAGCUGCGGGGGAGGGAGACCGACUGUCUCUGCUCCCAAUACAGAGUCCUGCUGCUGGGGAAAGGAGACUGGGCUCUCUAUUCCCGGUAGGACACUCUGCCGCUGGGGAAUGGAGACGGGGCUCCCAAUUCCCAAUAAUCUGUGCUGCCGCUGGGGAAUGGAGACUGGGCUCCCAAUUCCCAAAAAUCAUACUGCCGCUGGGGAAUGGAGACUGGGCUCCCAAUUCCCCAAAAAUCACGCUGCCGCUGGGGAGGGAGGACACUGCUCUCCUCUCCCUGCACUUCACACUGCCUUCCCGGCAUAUCACUUGGCUGCUGGGGGGCAGGAACAACUACCUCUGCCCCCUGUAACUCAGCCUGCCGCUGGGGAGGGAGGACGCUGCUCUCCUCUCCCUGCACUUUACACUGCCUUCCCGGCAUAUCACUCUGCUGCUGGGGGGCAGGAACAACUACCUCUGCCCCCUGUAACUCAGCCUGCCGCUGGGGAGGGAGGACGCUGCUCUCCUCUCCCUGGACUUCACACUGCCUUCCCGGCAUAUCAUUCUGCUGCUGGGGGGCAGGAACAACUACCUCUGCCGCUGGGGAUCUGGGCCGGGUGCCCAGCAUCCCUGUAGGGCCGGUAGAGAGACCUCGGUCCCAUCUCCACCGGCCACCUCGGUUUCUUCCUGUCAGGGUCUUACCUGAGUUGGGAGUCUGUAGCGCAGAUAUGAUGCUCACCCUUGCAGAUAGCCACAGGCCGAGGUGGUCAGGUAAGAAUUCACCUGGCCUGUGGGUCUGUGCACGGGGGCUGUGCAGGAUGCAGUACCAAUACGCAGGACAGGCAAGGACUGAACCAGCAGGAUGGUCGAGGGAUAGCCGAGGUCAAAGGAUGCCAGAGGACAGGAACAACGAGGAGUAGCCGAAGUCAAGGGAUGCCAGAAGUCAGAAUAAACGAGUCAGGAAGCCGGGGUCAAUAAUGCGAAGCGAUGAAACAGGAACACUAGAACAAACAGGAUCAAAGACUUGACACUGAGCACAGGGCGAGGCUGGGUUUAAAUACCCUGCUGAUGACUGAUCAGAGUCAGGUGAAACACAGCCAAGUCAAGGUGCAGCCCCCAGAGUAGUAGCCAUGUCAGGAUGAACAGGACUGGAAUCAGUCUUCACUGUAAAUAGCUGCUGUGGCUCAGAGGUAGAAAGCAGGACCAGGACUGAGAAGAUCCCCGGUUCAAGUCCCCUGUUGGGAACUCCAAGAGCGACCACGUCUUGCCGUCUGUCUAUCAGGUGAGAACCGUGACAGUACCCCCCCCUUUAAAAACGACCUCCGGGCGUGAAUGGGUUCAUUGUCAGCAUAGUACACCUCUCCAGGGUCACUAUCUGAAUCCAGUGAGUCCCCAUAGUCAAACUCCCCAGCAAGGAUUCCCUUUACAGCUUGGGAGUCCGCAGUACCAGCUUCUGGUACGGCUGGAGAAUUGUCCAGGUCUUUUAGGUUCCGGGUACAGGUGGCAAGCACUUCCAAAACUUUGGCAGAAGCAGUGUUCGCAGCUAACAAUGCUUUUUCGAACAUUUCAAGGUUUUCUUUACGGACUAUAGUGCCAUUAGAAGCAACGGCACAAUCCACAGGUAAAACCUCUUCGGGCGGGCAGGAAGUAGUGGUGGUAUCACAGGAAGCAACUUCGGGAGUAGAUGCAGGAGGCUCUGGAGCAGGGGAUGGAGGUUUUCUCGCGGAAGCCAAGCAUGUGCAAGCACAACGGCUUCUAUUUGGCUUUUUAGGCUGGUAUGCGGUGUACACAGGGCGAAGGAAACUAGUACCAAGUCGGAGAGCUGGAGGUCUAGGAGGGCGAACAGGACAAAGCGUGAUGAAAUGCCCUUUUUCUCCACAGUAGUAACACAGGCCAUAGCUUCUCCUUCGGUCUCUUUCCUUAGGUGUCACUUUGCAGUGGACGAGUCCUAAUUGCAUAGGUUCCACAGGGUCAAGUGGAACACCGGAUACCUCUGGAGUUUUCCUGGGAGCUGGAACAUAAGGAGGCAUCUCUGGGGCGUAGUGGUGGUACUCGGUUACUUGGUUAGGAAGAAUCUGAGAUUUUUUAGUACGUGGAGCUGACUUGGCCACAGUGGUCUUACAUUGUGAGUCCAUAGCAGUACUAAAGGAUUCCCAGCUGACCAGGACAGGACUCUUCGUCUGCAACAUUUGGUGAGCCCAAACUUUGAUGCGUCCAGACAACAGGUUGAUAGCCGCUCGGACCUUGAUAAAAUCUGUGGCAUAUGUUUGAGGCUUUAAAGAAAACAACACCUCACAAUCCAUCUUGAAAGACUGAAAGGAUGUGCGGCUACCAUCAAAUCGGUCGGGCAUGAUGACAAACGGUUCAGGAAAAGCUGGUUCCGGGGCUGGAUGUACUGCGCCUUUAAGGAAUAAAAUUUCUUGCUGCAGCUCCGAAACAGUCUGGGCCAGGCUGGACACACGCUGGGUCGAGGGUGAGCACAUCUCUGCGGACUCCAUAAUGGUCAAGUCUUAUGUCAGGGUCUUACCUGAGUUGGGAGUCUGUAGCGCAGAUAUGAUGCUCACCCUUGCAGAUAGCCACAGGCCGAGGUGGUCAGGUAAGAAUUCACCUGGCCUGUGGGUCUGUGCACGGGGGCUGUGCAGGAUGCAGUACCAAUACGCAGGACAGGCAAGGACUGAACCAGCAGGAUGGUCGAGGGAUAGCCGAGGUCAAAGGAUGCCAGAGGACAGGAACAACGAGGAGUAGCCGAAGUCAAGGGAUGCCAGAAGUCAGAAUAAACGAGUCAGGAAGCCGGGGUCAAUAAUGCGAAGCGAUGAAACAGGAACACUAGAACAAACAGGAUCAAAGACUUGACACUGAGCACAGGGCGAGGCUGGGUUUAAAUACCCUGCUGAUGACUGAUCAGAGUCAGGUGAAACACAGCCAAGUCAAGGUGCAGCCCCCAGAGUAGUAGCCAUGUCAGGAUGAACAGGACUGGAAUCAGUCUUCACUGUAAAUAGCUGCUGUGGUUCAGAGGUAGAAAGCAGGACCAGGACUGAGAAGAUCCCCGGUUCAAGUCCCCUGUUGGGAACUCCAAGAGCGACCACGUCUUGCCGUCUGUCUAUCAGGUGAGAACCGUGACACUUCCUCAUCCCACUCUACCUGUGGCUGGAGUUUCUCCCAACGUGCCCACUGGCCUUCCCUCAACGCCCUGUGUUGUAGGUUCCGGGUCACCAUGUCCCACACGAACCGCACGUAUUUCUCCUCUGGAUUGGGUCCGUAAAACUUCAGGUGCAACCCUACCAUCGUGCCAAACUCUAGUACGGAGUAGCUAUACGCCAUGCUUGCUGUAGCCACUGCUGGUUCCAUUAUGUUGCUGAAGAUAAGGACGCUGCACAACUCCACACGUUACCGGUGUCUCCGAGCUGCUUCUCCUCGCACUAGUAUGCCAUCCCACCGUUGCCACCAAUUGUAACGGACCGUUUUGCACAAAAGGGGAAAAAACCGCUUAGACGAUAAUCCCCCUUUUCAGAGACAGGCACAGCUACGGUAUAAUCACCAAAACUCACGAACCGCCAAUAAGUGAAUGCUCCAAACUCCCGAACGGCAUACAAGGGAAUAAGGUAGCACUUCAAAUAAACGAACAGGAACCAUACGAAUAGCUGCUAGCAGGCGAACAGGAAAAGCUUCCAAGCGGCUUACACUCCUGGCAAUCAGUCCUUAGCAGCAUACAGUAAAUCCCCCCAAAGACGAGACAAGGCUCCGUGUUGAGGGUCAAGCAGUGGUCUGUUUAAUGAGGGCUACCUGCCCAGCUUUUAUGCAGGUCUCCCACCUGGUGGACACUCCCCUAGGGGACCAAAUGGGAGACUGUGACAAGGGACAGACAAGUAUACAAAAAGGACACACAGUCACAGUAUAUUCCCACAAUGCAUCCUGGCUUCCUCCCCUCUGCCCUGGGAGAUAAUUGGGAAGUAACUCAAUUAUCUCCCAAGACAAAGGCAAAACUCCAUUACACACGUGGGAACACAAAAACAGCAUUAUACUUUAAAAUGCACAAAGUAACAUUUACUACAUUAAACACAGGCAUGUAACACAUCCCCAGAUAGCUCAGGUCUGAGUGCACAUUAUUAGGUGAAUGGCACUCAGACUACACGAAUACAGUUCAAUCGCCAUGGAGCCAAAGUCUUUACAGUCAGUUUCAUACGAAUGGGCUCCAUGGGAUUCCUAUCUGGGGUAUAAGACAUUCACACAAAAAUACCGAACACCGGGUCAUUCGUGUGCUUUCACCGAACAAGAAGGGAGGUCGGCGGCUUCAGCGGUGUUCGCGCAAAACUGUGUCCGAUUUUAGUUCCAUGAAAAUAGAGGCGAACACCGCUGUUCAUUCGUAUGGUUUAAAAUGGCCGCGACCUCGUGUUCGGGAUACGAACGGCGGCCACCCAGCGUUCAUCAAUUAAGCUGCGGUUAACCGCAGCUUCAGGGAGGUUAAUUGCCGGCACACUCCAGCUCCCAGGUGGUCCAGUCAUUCGUACGGUUGUUCGGUAGAUUGAAACUACCGAACAACCGGCAGAAAAGCACGAAUACAGCUUUUCUGCAUGGAAAAAUAAAGUCUUUUAAAAGGGGGCCAUAGUCCAAAGGCAGCAGGCGAGCAACCAGGCUUCUCCAAUGCAAUGUGGCGAGAUUGGUCUCGUCACAAUAAGUACUGCCACUAUACUAAGAAAAAAGAAAUUUACGGUAAAUAAAAUUACUGUUUUUUAGGGAGUUUUCAUGAGUUUUUGGAGGGGACUACUUGCCAGCCUCCUGCCCCAAGACUAUGGGCCCUUCAAAAAGACAGGCUAAAAAGUGACUUCCAUGGGAAAAUGUGCCUCUUCCCUCUCCCCUUUUUCCUGUCCUAUUGUUCUCCAGCAGGGUGUUGUCCCAGGGACACUGCCAGACCAGUUGAAACUGGCUGCUUUGUCCCUCCUCAAUCUCUCAUCAGCCCUGUAG